AUGCCUAUUGAAAAUUUCGCAGCAUUGCCAUUGUAUGUUACUUUUGUUGAAAGAUUUAAUAAGGGCCUUAAAUCGUGCCUGAAUGUGCCAGACUGCCAGAUUGCCAAAAAGGUGUCAAAAAUGGCAACUACGGCAGUUCACGUUGAAUUUUCGACAGGAAACCGUUACAUUUUCAAAUCAAAUAUUUUAUUACCUUCCAAUUUUGAUUUUUCAUUAAAAAAUUCGAUGGCAGUUUCGAUGGUUCUACAGUCCGUGACUGAAAAAAACUAUGACUAA